AUGAAGACGAUAUUCUUAUUGCUUUUCACUGUAUUAAUCACUACUGCAGUUAUUGCCGCAUCCCCGUCGAGCGACGAUGAUUUCCUCCCGAUCAAACCCGUGAAGAAUGUACGCAAAAAGACGAAAAGGAAAUGCAGACCAAGAAGAACUCCAAAACCACCUUCAACAACUACAACACCACCUCCAACAACUUCAACAUUACCUCCGACAACUUCAACACUACCCCCAACAACUUCAACACAACCUGCAACAACAACAACACUACCUCCAACACUACCCCCAACACCAACCCCAACACUACCCACAACACUAUUUCCAACACUACCUCCAACACUAUUUCCAACACUACCUGCAACACCACCUACAACAUUAGUGCCAACAACAACAACAACAACAACAACAAUAACAACAACAACAACUCCUAAACCAACUACAAUUCCAAAACCACGUCAUUGUACCAGGUUCCUUCAGCCAUGCAAGAAAAAUUCUGAUUGCUGUGGCUUCUUAGUGUGUUCAGCCUUUUUGUCCAUUUGCGGAGUGGUCUAG